AUGAUAGGUUCAUUGAUGUAUCUUACAGCAUCAAGACCAGAUAUCAUGUUUGCGGUUUGUUUGUGUGCACGAUAUCAAUCCUGCCCCAGAGAAAGCCAUAUGAAAGCUGUUAAACGAAUUCUUCGCUACCUCAAAUGUCAACCAGUGCUGGGACUCUGGUAUUUGAUUAGGGGAGAUUUUGAGUUCGUGGCAAAUACAGAUGCUGACUAUGGUGGCUGCAAUUUCGAUAGGAAAUCGACUUCAGGUGGAUGUCAGUUCUUAGGAGAAAGACUAGUUUCAUGGCAAUGUAAGAAGCAGACCUCUGUUGUUAUCUCAUCAUGUGAGGCAAAAUACAUUGCAGCUGGUGGAUGUUAUUCACAGGUUCUAUGGAUUCAGCAACAACUGCGUGAUUACGGUCAGAACUUUCUUUGUACUCCUAUUAAAAUAGAUAAUGAAUCAACCAUAUCCAUUACCAAUAAUCCUGUUAAGCACAUUAGGACUAAGCACAUAGACAUAAAGUUUCAUUUCAUACGUGAUUGUACUGAAAAGAAGUCAAUAGUCCUAGAAAAGGUGCCAAGUGACUUUAAUUUAGCUGAUCUAUUCACUAAGGCUUUCGACCAAACUCGUUUCGAGUUGCUAGUCCAAUUGAUUGGAAUGAGAAAUCUAUAG